AUGUGCUACCCACAAGCUAUCAACAUCAUUACAGAUCUCAGCUACAGCAGGACCAAAGACCCAGACAAGGCCCUCUGCAACAACUCAGGCCCAGAUGUCUCCAUGGCCCCAGAUGGCAGCACAAGCCACUCAGAUCAGUAUGGCCCUGGUGGCUGCAUGACCCUUGGACACCCUAAUGGCCACAGACACCAGAAUGGGACAAACCGUUGCUACGCCCCUGAGCCUCACUCUCGACCGCUGGUCGGACACUCUCCCCUCAUUGACCUCCUAACAGCUGAGCCGCCGCCUUAUCGCGCGGCACUGGCCGUGCCAGCCACGGGACCGGAAACAGGGAUGACGGCCAUCGGAGGGGCAGCAGCCCCUGAGAAGAUGGCAACUGGCGGGGACACAGGGGGGACCCCGGCUCCCUCACCCAUCGCCGGUCGCCUUCGGGCCCGCCGGGAUGACACCCCCCUGGAAUCCAAGGCCUUUCCCCUCAGAGAAGGGCCCGGCCGCCAUCUCCAAAAAGUCCAGUUGGCGUCGGGGCAAGUAACCCAUUCUUUCCUACAUAUACCCGACUGCCCUCACCCGUUGCUGGGCCGGGACUUACUGACCAAAUUAAAAGCACAGAUUUACUUUGAUGAAAGAGGACCCACGGUCACGGGGCCUGGGGGAACCCCCUUACAAGUCCUCGCCCUAAAUCUGGAAGAAGAAUACCGCCUUUUCGAGCCUGAGCCCCCUGAAGAACCACCGGGUGAGAUGCAGGACUGGCUAGACAGGUUUCCACAGGUAUGGGCAGAAACAGGAGGCUUGGGGCUUGCGCACGACCAGCCGCCCCUCGUCAUUUCAUUGAAGGCCUCCGCAGCCCCAAUCUCAAUCAGACAGUACCCCAUGUCUCGGGAAGCGCAGGAGGGGAUUAAACCCCACAUCCGGCGGCUAAUAGACCAGGGAGUGCUCAAACCCUGCCGAUCUCCCUGGAAUACUCCCCUCUUACCCGUCAAGAAACCAGGCACGGGGGAAUUCAGACCGGUCCAGGACUUAAGGGAGGUCAAUAAGCGGGUAGAAGACAUACACCCCACAGUACCUAACCCCUACAACCUCCUCAGCACCCUCCCACCGACCCAUACUUGGGACCCAGAAAUCGGGCUUUCAGGACAGCUGACCUGGACCCGGCUCCCUCAAGGGUUCAAGAAUAGCCCAACACUCUUUGAUGAGGCCCUCCAUGCAGAUCUAGCCGGAUUCCGGGUAGAGCACCCAACCUUGACUCUGCUCCAGUACGUAGAUGACCUCCUCUUGGCCGCCAGGAGCCGGACCGAAUGCUUGGAAGGAACUCAGGCUCUGCUGACCAGGCUUGGGGAGAAGGGCUACAGGGCCUCAGUCAAAAAGGCCCAGAUAUGCCAAAACAAAGUUAUCUAUUUGGGCUACACCCUGGAGGGAGGGCGAAGAUGGCUGACCGAGGCCAGAAAAGAGGCAAUUGUCUCAAUCCCCCCUCCCAAGGGCCCUCGGCAAGUCCGAGAAUUUUUGGGCACGGCCUUGCUGCUAGAUACCGACCGAGUGACUUUCGGCCCCACAGUCUCCCUCAAUCCGGCCACCCUACUACCCCUGCCUGCCUCCUCGGGGGAGCAUGAUUGCCUCCAGAUCCUGGCGGAAGCGCACGGUACCCGUCCAGACCUGACCGAUCAACCAUUAAAGGACUCAGACUAUGUCUGGUUCACGGACGGGAGCAGCUUCCUCGAGGAAGGGACGAGAAGAGCAGGAGCAGCUGUCACCACUGAGUCAGAGGUGGUCUGGGCCUCGCCGUUGCCGGCUGGAACAUCGGCCCAGAGAGCGGAGCUGAUCGCACUCACCCAGGCCCUCCGGAUGGCAGAAGGGUCCCCUCACCAAGUUAAAAGGCUCAUUUGGCAAGUUAUAUCCCAAACCGGGGAGACCAUAUGGUCAACCACAGCUAACCAUGCCCCCCACACCUGGUGGCCCCCUCUAACUCCCGAUAUUUGCCAGCUGGUAGCGGGCCUGGACGCUUGGGACAUUGCUCAUUUGAGUCACUCUGACUUCCCGGUUCGCACGGCCCGGUCAAUCAGACCUGGGGGAGGACGAGGCCAUCUCCCACAGAGGGGACCUGGAUGUAUCAAUGCAGACACCCGUUGUUCCUUGUCCACUUAUGACUUUUAUGUCUGUCCCCGUGAUGGCCGCAACCGGAAUGAGGCCCGUAGAUGUGGGGGAUAUGAGGAAUUCUUCUGCAAACAAUGGGGAUGUGAGACCACCGGCGGGGCCUAUUGGAAGCCCAGCUCUAGUUGGGACCUGAUAACGGUGUCUAAAAAUUAUUCCAGCCCCAACAAAUGUACAGUCAGCACUGAGGGAACUGUCCCCUUACCCAUUGUUAUCUCUUUCACUGAAAAGGGCAAGGAGGACAGAGGAUGGCAGUCCGGGCAUACUUGGGGACUCAGGUUUUAUAUGACAGGGUUUAACAAAGGCCUGACCUUCAAAAUUCAGCUCAAGGCAGAAACCACCCCCCUGUCAGUUGGUCCCAACUCGGUCCUCUCAGAUCAGAAACCCCCGUCCCAGACAGGACAGGGUAAGCAACUCCCCACUCCCACUACGUCACUCAAUAUGAAUGUUCCCAACAUAACUGCAGCCCCAACAACUGCGGCCCCCGCCAGGACCCGCCUAGGAACAGGGGAUCGACUCCUUGGUCUACUGCAAGGAGCCUAUUCCACCCUAAAUGCCACCCAGCCUAACCGAACUCAGGAAUGUUGGCUAUGUUUACUCUCCCUCCCUCCCUAUUAUGAAGGGGUAGCAGUACAGGGCCCGCACUCCCAGCUGGACACCCCCCCCCCCGCGCGAUGCCUGAGAGAGACCCAACAUAAGCUGACUCUGUCAGAAGUAUCUGGACAGGGAUUAUGCCUGGGGAAUCCUCCCCCAUCCCAUCGUGGCCUCUGUAAUACUAUUGUGACCUCGGGAACCGGAUAUUCCAUUAGUCCUAAUGGAACUUACUGGGCAUGCGACACGGGACUCACUCACUGUGCAUCCUGGUCAUUACUGCAAGGCAAUGAGUCCAGCUUUUGUGUAUUAAUAGAACUGUUUCCCAGGAUAACCUAUCAUGAGCCUGAAGACAUUUAUGCUCAAUUUGAGAUGGGACCCGCCCGAACCAAGAGGGAACCUGUGUCCCUGACCUUAGCCCUUAUGUUAGGAGGUCUCACUAUGGGGGGAGUUGCGGCUGGGAUAGGAACAGGAGCAAAAGCCCUAGUUGAAACUCAACACAUCCAACAGCUCCAAGCCGCCAUGAACCAGGAUAUACAGGCUCUGGAGGAAUCUAUAAGUGCCUUAGAAAAGUCCUUAACCUCUCUCUCUGAGGUAGUACUCCAGAAUCGUAGGGGACUGGACAUCCUGUUUCUACAGGAGGGGGGACUAUGUGCCGCUCUAAAGGAAGAAUGCUGUUUCUAUGCUGAUCAUACAGGUUUGGUCAGAGAUAGCAUGGCGAAACUCAGAGAGCGGUUGAAGCAGAGACAGAGAUAUUUUGAGGAACAACAAGGAUGGUUCGAGGGAUGGUUCCGCAGGUCCCCAUGGCUCACCACCCUCAUAUCGACCAUCAUGGGCCCUCUGCUGAUUCUUGUGCUUAUUUUGAUGUUUGGCCCUUGCAUUUUAAACAGACUCAUUCAAUUUAUUAAGGAGAGAAUUUCGGUGGUUCAGACUCUGGUACUAACUCAACAAUAUCAACGACUCCAUCAGUCAGAGACUGAGACACCACCCCUGGCCCCUCACCUUUAUGCACCUCAGUAAAUG